AUCAAAUGGAAUUUGACAAUUGCCCGGACGCAUUUUCUCCAACUGCCGCAUCCUAGCGUAGCUCCAUUUAUGAUUCUGUGCCCAAGAGUUUUCUUAUCACUCCAUGCAUCUCUACUCAUACACUUUGUGACAAGGUAGAAUGCUGAUCACCAACUUCAAGACGCAAUGAAGAUCAUCAAGAAGCUUUCGGGCUAUCACCAGCUGCUUCUAGCUGGGAAUCCUACGAAACUCGACAUUGGCACUCUUCUACUAGGCGUAGUCGCUGCAAUCGCAUCCGGGGUUCCUUUUCCACUAAUCGGAAUCGUCUUUGGACAGCUCUUGGACGAUUUCAAUGCCAUCACGUGUGAUGCUGUCGAUACGACAGACUCGGGCCCAGAAUACCAAGCCAGCAUCAACAGCAAAAUCCUCCUCAUCGUGUACCUGGCCAUCGCUCAGUUCAUCACUAUCUAUGUCCACCUAACAUGCUGGACAUUGAACGGCGCUCGCCUAGCCCAGAGGCUGCGAGAACGGUAUCUCCAGAACUUACUCCGACAGGAACCGUCAUACUUUGAUAAACUUCCGCCAGGAGAGAUCGCCUCGAGACUCAAUGGCGAUAUCCAGGCCAUCCGCUCAGGCACGUCUGAGAAGGUGGGGAUAUGCCUCUCCAGCUUGUCGUUCUUCAUCACGGCGUAUAUCGUGGCUUUCAUCAAGGACUACCUCCUCGCGGCGAUGCUUGUCUCGCUGGUCCCUGCCUUCUUCAUAAUGUCCUUUGUCGGAGGAUAUUAUAUCGAGAAGUACUCUGGACUCAUGUCCGAUUAUGCCGCUACCGCCGCGUCGAUUGCUUCGGAGGCGCUCUCCAACAUCCUCGUCGUCCAGGCCUUUGGCGCGAAUGUGAGGCUGGAGGACAAAUUCUCGGACUCGCUCAAGGCAUCAGAGCAACAGGGCUUGAAGAAGGCCACGGCAGUUGGCAUACAAUCCGGUGUCCUAUACUUUAUUGCAUAUUCCGCGAAUGGUCUGGCAUUUUGGCAAGGAAGCAAGCGUAUCGCUAUAGCUGCACAUUCAGACUCUCCUACCACCACCGUCGGUGCUACGUUUACAGUCAUUUUUAUUCUCAUUGAAGCUACAUUGCUUUUGAGUCAGGUUGCACCCUUCCUCCAUCUAUUCUCGGCUGCCGUUGCCUCAUACCAGAAGAUGCGCGAGGACAUUGAUCGCGAGUCGCUCAUUGAUGGCACUGGUGGUUCAGGCCUGUGCCUAACACAGGCAGAGGGUGGCUUCGAGUUCAAGAAUGUUUCAUUCACUUACCCGUCAAGGCCAGAUAUCACGGUCCUGGAUCAGAUUAAUAUCUCGAUGCCCGCCAACAAACACACUGCCAUUGUCGGCCUGUCUGGAAGCGGAAAGUCGACUGUCGCAGGUCUUAUUACAAGAUUAUAUGAUCCAACGGCGGGACAAAUCCUCUUUGAUGGUCACGAUCUUUGUGAUCUGAAUGUCCGGAACUCUAGAAGUUUCCUCGGCUUGGUGCAGCAGGAGCCUUCUCUCCUCAACCGCUCACUCUUGGAGAACAUCGCACACGGCUUGAUCAAUUCUAGCAACCCUGAUCAUACAUCUCUAAAGACGGCACUUCUAGGUCCCGAGCUCGCGGAUCUAGCAGCAACCCUCAGGGAAGGUGAAGAUCUUACGGUUGCAGCAGAGAAACGAGGCCCGGAAGUGGUCAGAAUUGUUACUCUUGUCCGAGAAGCUGCAGUGCUUGCAGAUGCGGACACCUUCAUCACUGCUCUUCAAUACGGAUACGGAACCACAGUUGGUUCGAGUGGUCGACUCAUCAGUGGUGGUCAAAAACAACGAAUUGCCCUUGCUCGCGCCCUCGUCAAGAACCCCGCGGUCCUCAUCCUGGAUGAAGCCACCUCAUCUUUGGAUUCUCGAAGCGAACAGCGCAUCCAGCGUGCCAUCGCGAACAUUGCUAGCGGCAGGACGGUGAUCACAAUUGCGCAUCGUUUGUCGACUAUCACAGGCGCGGAUAAUAUCGUUGUUAUGGACAAAGGACGUAUUUCGGAGCAGGGCAACCACGCGACCUUGAUGGCUAAUAAUGGGCCGUACGCCAACUUGGUUAACCUUCAAACUCUCGGAUCUGCAUCUGGCAAAAUUGAAAAAAGGACUAGCUUAAACAGUGUCCAGACUCUCCAAGACUCUGUGACAGAUGUCGAUAUCGAGAAGGAGGCCCUGGAAACGGAGGCUUCGAAUACCGAGGACACUCCAGCCACAGGCACCGCAGAAGAACAAGAGCCUGAGACCCCAUCCAAAAGCCUGGGAGUCCUCAUCAGAGGAUACUCUCCGGCAUUGAGACCUCAUCUACUCGUACUCGUCAUGGCGCUCUUCGGCUCCAUUAUUGUCGGCGGAGCCUUCUCUGGCGAAGCUGUCAUUUUUGGAAAUACAGUUGGCAGUCUGAAUCCUUGCAACAGCGCGGAUAGUAUCCGGUCUCGCGGUAACUUCUACGGUCUCAUGUUCUUCGUUCUCGCCAUUAUUGAGUUCUUCGCGAACUUGGUGAGUUGGUCUGCGUUCGGAUGGGUUUCUGAGAAGAUUGUCUACUCUGUGAGGGUCUUGUCUUUUAGGUCGCUAUUUGAGCAGGAUCUCCAGUGGCACCAGUCGAAGGGUCGAACCCCAGCGUCGUUGUUGUCUUAUAUCACUAGAGACGGCAGUGCCUUGGCUGGGUUGAGCGGAUCUGUUAUUGGCACGCUGUUCUCUAUCACCGUCAAUCUCAUUGCGGCAAUCAUUUUGACUCACAUUAUUGCCUGGAGAAUCGCAUUGGUAUGUCUGUCAUUGGUACCGCUUCUACUUGGAGCUGGUGUCAUGGAGCUCCGAGUCCUCGGUCAAUUUGAGGAGCGUCAUGAGAAUGCGUAUACCCAGUCGGUUGACAUUGGCGUCGAAGCUAUCACGUCUAUCAAGACAAUCGCUGCCCUCUCGCUUGAAGAAGAGACUCUAAACAUCUACCGCCGGUCAUUAAAGGGGCCUCGUAAGGAGACGCUCAAGGUCACUGUGCAAGCAAGUCUUUGCCAGGCAAUUACUUAUUUCCUUGGAAAUCUUGUGAAUGCCCUGGCGUAUUGGUGGGGAGCCAAGCAGAUCAUUGCGGGCAACUACACCCAGACACAGUUCUUGAUUGUUGUCUUCUCCCUUCUCGUCAGCGCGCUACUAUGGAGUCAGAUGUUCGCUCUCGCGCCAGAAAUUUCUAGCGCCAGAGCGGCCAUGGCGAGAAUCCUAGGCCUGAUCGAGGAGGGAUCGGACGGAAUGCAGGGACGCAUCACCCCAAGGAAUGCCCUCGCUGUGACCUCCGAAAAGGAUCUCGAAGGAACAGCUGAGACGAAAUCUCCUCUCCCAUCCGGAACCACUGCCUCAAGCGUCCAGCUCCGUGACAUACACUUCUCCUAUCCCGCCCGCCCCGACAUGAAAGUCCUAAACGGCUUAAACAUCAACAUCAAACCCGGCAGCUUCUGCGCCCUUGUCGGACCCAGCGGCGCUGGUAAAUCCACAAUCAUUGCCCUCAUCGAGCGCCUUUACACUCCCCAAUCAGGCGGUAUAAUUAUCGACGGCGUCGACGUAACUGCCCACCGCGAUACCUCCUUCCGCGACUCCAUCGCCCUCGUCCCGCAGGAAAGCAUGCUCUUCGAAGGCAGCAUCGCUUUCAACAUUGGUCUGGGCGCCCGCCCCGGCCACGAGGUCACCACACAGGAGAUCGAAGACGCGUGUAAACUCGCCAACAUCCACGAUGUCAUCGUCGCCUUACCGGAGGGUUACGAGACUCUCUGCGGGCCUAACGGGAGUCAGUUCUCUGGAGGUCAGAAGCAGCGCCUUUCCAUCGCGCGGGCGCUGGUGCGGAAGCCGACGUUGUUGAUUCUUGAUGAGUCGACCAGUGCAUUAGAUGCAGAGUCAGAGCGUUUGCUGCAGGAGGGUCUGGAUAAGGUGGCGAGGGGGGUGACGGUGAUUGCGAUUGCGCAUAGGUUGCAUACGAUUAGGAAGGCGGAUACUAUUUUCUUGGUAGAGGGGGGCCGGUGUGUGGAUCGGGGGGGACACGAGGAGUUAUUGGAGAGGUCGGAGAGUUAUAGGGUUAAUGUUAUGCAUCAGACCGUCGGAGAGUGAGGAAAGGAAAAAAUGGGGGAGUAAGGGUAAAAGAUGAA